AGUUGUGGAUGUGGAAGAAAUUGGAACUCGUGUGAUUUCCAUGCAAAAUUUGGGUUCUUGUGCGAUUAGUGUGAUUUUUAUUGUGUUUUGUGUGUGAAUGUCAUGUGAAUACGUGCUGACUUAAAAAUGAUUAUUGAGAUUUUUACCUCUGCUCAAGAAACUUUGAGUGGACUUGACUGGAAGGGAAGUGCAUCAUUUGUUGGUGACAGAAUAACCACGUUGGUUGUGAAUUUGUGGAAAAAUGUGUCUAGUAUUUUUAGCAACUCAUCUUGCCCAACUUUUAUGAAAAAGUCAAUUUUAUUCAACGGUAGGAGAAAUGCUCCAUCUUGUCGUCCAGAGAAAAGAUUUGUUUAAACUGGAUAAAUUUGGAGUUUGAAAAUUAUCCUGCAAACUGAAAGUGCUGUGUAAACAUAUUUAUGUACUAAAGAAGACAAUUAUACGUAGAAUUGCACAAGAAUUGUACUAAAACAAAAAAAACUGUUUAAAAAUGAUGUGCAAACGAAAUGUGAACAAGUGCAAUUGCAAUCGCCAGAAACAUCAUAACCACAAUGCAUCAUCAAUAAUGAGGAUAUUAUUUGCACCAACGACCGGAAACUAUUUUGUGUUUUUUGUGUCAUUUUUGUAUUUGAUUUUAUCUGCAGAUGGUUCUCUUUUAAAUGGAGGGGCAGAUCUUUUGGAUGCCACCCGAAUUCGAGAUGUUCCUCUUGGAGUUGAAAAAACCACGGGAAUUUGUGAUAACCGAGUUCAAACCGUGUUGGACGAAGAAACCGUUCUGGAAGCCAUAUCCGAUCCCAAUUCCAUUCGUGGGAGUGGUGGACAUUUUGUAAACCGAUCGGAACCAAUUCAAACUGGACCAGAUUUGGCAUAUACGCUUUCAGUCCGAGCUGUUCUUUCGGUCAAUACAGGACAAAUUUUUCCAGACGGAUUCCCCACAGAUUUUUCGAUCGUGUCAACCUUUAAGACGGUCGUUGACUCAAGGUCAGUCCUUGUUUCAGUCUACAAUGAUGUUGGGGAUGAACAGUUGGCAAUUGAAAUUGACGAUAGGAUUCACCUCAUUUAUCAGGACAGCGAAAGUCAAUCAGAUCAGCUAAGGAUUUCCUUUGACCAAACUAUAAAUGAUGGAAAGUGGCACCGACUUGGUCUUGCGGUCAAAGGAAACUCUGUCACCCUGAUUUUGGACUGCCAAGUCACUGACACUCAGGAGCUAAACCGAACCGCAUUUUCUCGCCCCUCAAACACUGGAAUUAUUCUCAUGGGUCAGCGACUUUUGGACGAUGCUUUCUUUACAGGAUCUAUUCAGCAAUUGCUCAUAAUUCCAAGUCCUGACCCUGCUUACGAAGUAUGCACGACCUACAUGCCAGAGUGUGCAAGACCCAUCCCACCCCUUGAAAAUACCGAGGAAGAGUUUGCCAGCUCUCGACUGCUUUUUGGUGGCGAAGACGAGUACAGGAAUAGGACGUUAGAGGAAGAAGAAAAAGGAGCGGCAGGUGGAGGAUACUACUUGGAUGUAACAUCCAAUGCUGGUGGUAGUAAUGUCCAAAUCUUGAGAGGUCCACCAGGUCCACGAGGUUACACCGGAUUACGAGGGCCACAAGGUCCAAAAGGAGAUAAGGGAGAGGCUGGCCGCGACGGUUUAGGUGGAACAAAUGGAAUUCAGGGACCCCCAGGACACAUUUUUAUGAUCCCACUCUCCGGAGAUGGAGGAGGCGGUGGGAGUGGAUCAAAGAAAGGUCCGGAUGCAAGCGCGGAAGCAUUGCGACAAAUGCUUGCCCAGCACAUGAUGGCUAUGAAAGGUCCUACUGGCCCCAUGGGAUUGACAGGUGUUCCAGGGUCUCUCGGAAAUCCUGGCGCUGAUGGACCGAAGGGAGAAAUGGGCGAAAUGGGGGAACCCGGCCCGCGAGGGCAUCGAGGAGAGACUGGACCUUCAGGAAGGAAUGGAAGGAGGGGAAGACCAGGUCGUGAUGGGGAACGCGGAAUGACUGGACCCCCGGGGGAAAAAGGUGAACAAGGGGUCAUCGGGUUGGGGGGACUACCUGGAGAAAAAGGAGAUCGGGGGGAAAAGGGUAACGUCGGAGAAAAGGGUGCACCUGGGCACGAUGGCCAACAAGGAGACGACGGAGUUGCUGGACUUACAGGUCAAACUGGAGAAAUGGGUCCACGAGGAUUUAUUGGUCCAAGGGGAUUUCCUGGCAUUCAAGGGUCCCCGGGAAUUCCAGGAUCUGAGGGUCCAAGUGGUGCAAAAGGGAACACCGGAUCCAUUGGUCAAGCCGGAGGACCCGGACAGACAGGACCCCCAGGAAACGUGGGUUCAAGUGGGCCGCCAGGACCACCAGGGCCUUUGGGACCAGCCGGUCCUCAGGGAAAAAUGGGUUCGCCUGGAUUACCAGGAGCUGAUGGGAUGCCUGGACAUAAUGGGAACCCUGGAAUUGCUGGUGCUAAGGGUGACCAAGGGCCCAAAGGACCUCAGGGGCAAGUGGGGUUUCCUGGACCUCGGGGUGUAAAAGGUGACGAAGGCAAGCGUGGUGCUGGAGGUGAGAAGGGAGACAAAGGCGAUCGUGGACCCGAAGGUGAAAAGGGCGACAUUGGACAAAAAGGAGAUCGGGGACUUAUUGGCACCCAAGGUGAGGCUGGCUUGGAAGGACCAGAGGGACCAAAGGGGUUUGAAGGGCCAAGGGGAGAAGCUGGACCGCCUGGACCAUUGGGUGAAAAGGGGAAAAUCGGGUUACCAGGAUUUCCAGGUUAUCCUGGUCCUCCGGGCGACAAAGCAGAUAAAGGGGCCGAGGGCAGGCAUGGAAAUCCAGGCGAAAAAGGAGAAAGAGGGACGUCUGGAGCCCCUGGGGAACGAGGAGAAGGGGGUUUACCUGGAUUUCGUGGUCUUCGAGGAAAACGGGGAAACGAUGGACGUGUUGGACCAAAGGGAGAUACAGGGCAGCCUGGCCCUAGUGGAGCAAUGGGAGAACGAGGCUCUCAGGGCAGUGAAGGGCCGAGGGGAUUUCCUGGCACGACUGGCCCCCCAGGAAUUCCUGGAAAAGAUGGUGCUACGGGACCCCCAGGAGAAAGAGGACCUCCCGGUGGGCCUGGCCAAAAGGGGCCAGUGGGAAAUCCAGGAGUCGUUGGACCACCAGGACAAAUUGGUGAACCUGGACCAAUUGGACUGCAUGGAGAACCAGGGGGCCCUGGAUUGCCUGGAGAUAGUGGGAGAAAUGGAGAACAAGGAAAAGAAGGUCAAAUGGGGCCCGCCGGUGCCGCAGGUAAACCUGGAAGCGUUGGACCUCCUGGCUUGGGAGGAUUUCCAGGUGAAAGGGGCUUACCAGGGAUUCCGGGAAUUCCUGGGCUUAAAGGAGAACAAGGGGCGCAAGGAGUAAUGGGUCCAGUUGGUGAUAAGGGACAACAAGGUGAAUCUGGAAAGGAGGGACCCCCUGGAGGGGAAGGACGGAUCGGCUUGCCUGGUCCCAUUGGAGCUUCUGGAGCCAAAGGAGAAAGAGGAGAAGGCGGAUUGCCAGGAGUCGGGGGUUCCGACGGACAAGUGGGGGCCAGAGGUUUGGCAGGACCUGCUGGACCAAUUGGACCCCCUGGGGAAGAUGGCGACAAGGGUGACGUUGGACCACCUGGCGAAAAGGGAUACAAAGGGACAAAAGGGGAGGCGGGACCUCAAGGAGGAAUCGGGUCACAGGGUUCAAGGGGUGAACCUGGAUUAGUGGGUCUGCCUGGCGAUAAAGGGCCUCCAGGACAGAGCGGGGCAAGAGGUGUAAAGGGCGAGAAAGGUCCUGGUGGUGUCCAGGGGCCACCAGGACCCGUUGGAUUGCAAGGACUACCUGGACCAAGUGGAGUUAAGGGAGAGCAUGGCGAUCCGGGCCCCAAAGGUCCUCCGGGUCCAAACGGUGCACAAGGAGAAACCGGACCGCCAGGGACAAAGGGUGGCGAAGGUCUUCAAGGACCAGUGGGACCUGAAGGACCCCAAGGAGCAAAGGGAGAAGAUGGCCAACCAGGAGCUCCUGGACCUGGAGGAAAAGAUGGUCUUCACGGAGAGAGAGGACCCGCUGGACCAAAGGGUGAAGAAGGAAAGCAAGGGAGAAGUGGUGCUCCAGGAUUAAGGGGUCCAAUGGGAGGAGAAGGUCCCAAAGGUAGCCCUGGUGCAACUGGGUUUCCAGGUCCAAUCGGUGAAAGCGGCACUCCAGGAAUAAGGGGAGAACCAGGCAAGGAUGGCGACGAUGGAAAAAAGGGAGAAAUUGGCCCUGCGGGACCUGAAGGGCCGCCUGGAAAACCUGGUUUGGGGGGAUCCGUUGGAAAACCGGGCGCUGAAGGACCUGCUGGAGCUCAAGGGAGUGUCGGUUUGCCUGGUGAAAAAGGAGAAAAGGGAUCAAUUGGACAAACAGGACCACAGGGCCCACUCGGACCACAGGGAAAUCCAGGAUCAAUCGGGGCACCAGGCUUGCGUGGAUCUGGUGGGGCUGCUGGAGACGUCGGCCCCCCUGGACCGCCUGGGGUUAGUGGGAGCCCUGGGAAAGCUGGUGAUUCUGGCCCAAAAGGGAUGAAAGGAGAUCGAGGCCGUCGUGGUGCAAAGGGACACCCUGGACAAAUCGGACAAACUGGGAUAAAGGGCGAACAAGGAGAAAAGGGAGACAAGGGUUCUGUUGGGCCAAAAGGACCUGAGGGAAGAAAGGGUGAUAUGGGAGGCACUGGACCUGCUGGACAAAAGGGUUCUGACGGAGGAAUUGGAGCCCCCGGACCACCUGGAAACUCAGGACCCAAGGGAGUUGAGGGACCUGCUGGUUUAAAGGGAGAAAUCGGACCAGUAGGACUUCCAGGGUCCGCUGGUCCUCCCGGUGAACUUCCUCUGUUACCACCAGAAUUACUAUUUGGGUCUGGCCGAGAAAGUACUGCGCCCAAAGCAGCCGGGCGACGAAAACGAGACGCAGAAGCUUCGAGUGCUACUGGAGGAACUAAUAAUGAUAAUGAUAAAAAUAAGAAUAUUAAUAAAAAGAACACGAAACUAGGAUCAUUGGAUGAUGAUGCGGAAUUGACUGCUAAAUUAGCUGAUAUUUAUAAUGAUAUUUACGACAUGCGUGUCGAAUUGGAACGGGUAAAGAAGCCUUUAGGAACCCGAGAAAAUCCUGUCAGGACGUGUAGAGAUUUAUUUUAUGGACACCCUCACUUUAAAGACGAUUGGUACUGGAUUGAUCCAAAUUUGGGAAUGCCUGAUGAUGCUGUCUUUGUAUUCUGCAACCUCACAAAUUCUGGAGAAACAUGUAUAUUCCCCGAUGUACAAUCAACCAGGAUGCCACAUAUUCCAUGGGAGAAAACUCCAGAGAGCAAAAAACGUGAAGUAUGGUUCAGCUCUUUCCGUCAAGGUUUCAAGAUAUCAUAUGAAGGUAUUGGUCCAGUUCAAAUGACUUUCUUGAGACUCUUACAUUCUCAAGCUUCUCAAAACUUUACAUAUCACUGCAUGAAUUCGGUGGCUUGGUUUGACGGACGAGCCCAAAGUUAUAACUCAUCAAUUAAAUUCCUCGGCUAUAAUGAUCAAGAAUUCGGGUAUUAUAUGCCUAUGAAGCCAAUUGUUGCCAGAGAUGGAUGCAAGACCGGAGUUGGUGAAGGGAAAACAAUAUUUGAUAUAAAAACUAAAAAAUCGAAUCAACUGCCAGUAGUAGAUUUCCUUCCAUUAGAUUAUGGAGCAGAAGACCAAGCGUUUGGAUUUGAAGUGGGGCCUGUUUGUUUUAGAUAAGAGGUUUACUAAAUUUGAUAAUGUCUUACUUACUUGCGUGUGUGUAUUGAUUUAUUGAUUGCAUUAUUCUGUAUUCUUAAUAUUUGUAUUUAUCUUCUUCUUAUUUAUUACUUACUGUUCUUCCACUUGUGAAAGUUGUUUGUUCAAAGUUUUUUAUAUUAUGUGUUUUUGUUUGUUUUUCUAUGUACACUAGAUAUACAAAUAUACAUAAAAUACUGCCAUUAAUUAAUCCACUAACCAUUUACAUAUGUACUUACACCCAGCUCACCUCAUGUAUCGAUCACUGCCAAAGUUAUACGAUUAUUACAAUAUUGUAUAGUCAUUAUUACUGAUCUUGUAAUACUUCCAAGUAUUGAUUUUACAUAAAUACAUAUGUGCAAUAACCUAAAAUUAUCUAUGUACUCGUCAAGUUAGACUUAAGGUAGUAAUUUAUAUAAUUUUUGUCAUGUUUUAUAUGUUUAUAUGUAACUUUUUGUCCACGUUGGUAAUUUCAAUAAAUAAUUGCAGCCCAUAUAAUGUA